AGUGUAAGCGGAAGCUAGACUAGAAGAGAGAUUCAUCCUAGGCUUUGCUUGGCCCUACUCUAGUUUUGGUGCAGCUAACUAAGGGUCGAAUUUCGUGACUUGAUGAAGAGGAAGCCGAGUAUCUUUGGUCUUGAAGAGUCAGGCCAAUCCAACCGCUUGCUCCUGCCCAACUCAGUCUCAGUCGUACCAUAAUGCGCCUGGACUCAACACUUUUCUUGCUCCAAGACCACCCUCUAGCCCUCAUGUCAAAUAGAUGACAGAAUUGUAAACAAUCUUAGAAUGAUUUAAGCUGAGGAACAUAGAGGUCUCUCCCACCAUUUUUGUCAUAUACCUCUGGAAUAGUGUUGAAAUCACACGCCACUAAGCAGGAGCCUAAACCAAGUGGUUUAUCUUAGCGUGCUAGCCGCAGCUUCAUUUCGUAUAGCGAUAACGCUUUCUCUUUCUUAGCGCUCCACCCCGCGGGGAACUCUGGUUGCGCUUUGGUUGGCUUUCUCUUUUUUUCGAUUUUCUCUGACUUGACUCAGCUUGACCUACUUGACUCAGCGGUUAGAGUAUCGCUUUCAUACGGCGAGAGUCAUUGGUUCAAAUCCAAUAGUAGGUAAAACCGGCCGAAACCCCCGCUUUUGCCAGCAUGACAGCAAGCACAGACUGGCAUCAAGGAGUCGAAUGACCAAAGCAUCGGUUGCUUCCACGAGACUAAACAAUCAAUGACCAAUAAAAGACCAACGAAACGACGAGUGAGAAAGAUAAAGCCUGCUAUUUGAAUAGUUGGUUUGAGCAUUUGUUUCAAUAGUUGAUACCCCUGUAGUGCUUCUAUUAGAGUAGGUGGGUAGCAGAUCACCAUCAUGUUUGAUCAAUUUAGUACCGGCAUUGCUUCAUCCAUUCUUUCCUGGGCACCGGUAAUCCCAAGAACGGCUAACGGCUCCCACCUCUCCUAUGGCAAGCCCAUCCUAGAUUUGAGAAAUGACAUUGAUCGAAACCAAGACGCUACGAAUCCUACGAACAAGACGAUUUAGUUAAAUACUACGUUGUAAAUACUAAAUACGAAUUAGCGCUAUUCGAGCUAGACCUGUCGCUUUCCCUUUUAGUUCUGGCCUACGAGCUAGAGAUUAUACGAGCUAUUUUUACCUAGUGCUAUCCACGUACGCCAAUAAAUCUAAUUAAAUAGUUGGAAUUGCAACUUCCAACGGCUAAAACCAAUCAAAUCAACGGCCAGGGAUUAAUACACAGGAACGGUUGCCUCUACUUGCUAUUUGCAUCGUAUCCUCGGGCAAAGCACAUUAGCUAAGGUUUCAUCGGAUUGCUACACGGCUUAACGGAAAUAACGGAACACCCCUCCAAACAGAUCGGAUUGCGCUAGAGCUAUUCCUAGACCUAGCGAUAGAGACGAGCUAGAGCGUUAAUACGAAUCAUCAAUUGAAGCAAAGGGUUUGCCCCAGGACUAGUACGCUAACGAGCUCCUCCUACGCCAAUACUUGCUUAAAAAAAUUCUCUAGGGUGCACUCGGGACAAGGCAGAAGCCGAAGCACAUUCCCUAGCGUACGAGAUAUGCCUUUUAGGAGAGAGAUCCCUUUUACGAGCAAUGGUUUUUGAUAAUGCUACCCCCAGUUCAAAGCAAAGGUCGAAGCUGAACUGCCUUUACUCGGCUUCCGUUCAAAGAUUCGUAUCUGUUUUUCCUCGGUUUCCCAUUGGAGGUUCCAAUACUUGCUUUUGGUGGAGGUCUCGUACCAUAGCGAGGGGCGAUCAAUUCCUAGCGCAAGAGCUAUUCCUAUCCUCGAGCGAAGCUAGUCCGUUUCCUAGGAAGGCGGCUAAGGGUUCGGGUCGGAAAACAGGUACGGUUCCCUAGAAUACCCUACUUCCGAGAAAGCCUCUCCUCCCCGAGGAGAGUCUUCCUCUUCCUAGCAUCUAGGCUAUACUCUCGUGUUUGACUUAACACAACGAGACAUAGGCACCCACAUGCUUGAACUACGAUGAUACCCUACGGUACGGACAUCACACAUUCAAGUAGGGAGACCUUGCUCGUGGAUAACUAGACGGCGGAGCGAAUAGAUUCAAACUUGAACCUAAGAGAGGCUUGAGGGCCGGCUUUUGGACCAUCGCAAACGGGCCUCGGAAUGGCUAAACACUUCCGAUUUCAAGCCUGAGUACUAUACGCUUUACGAUUAUCAAUAUGAAGGGAUAGGGUGAGUUAUUCAUUCCUAAGCUCCGAUUAGACCGCAAAGGACAGGUACUAAGCUUUAGAGCAAACUUUGAUUCAUACCACUUGGACUUUCCCUAGUUUUUAAACCAGUUCGCCAGUUCGUUUGCCCAGCGGGGCAGCUGCCCUUUUGGUUUUUAUCCAGCUUAUCCCCUUUGCUUUAAAACCUACUUCGCCUUCCCUAUUCCGAUUCGCUAUCGCUGUUCCGCUGUUCCGUUCCUAUUCUUUUCUUCCAAAUCCUAAUCCUGGAAAUGCAUAUGAUGACACUAGUUCACCAGGCUAGUGUUGGGAAUUCGAUUGAGUGCGAAAGCACAUUCCCUUGCUAGAGAUAUUCCUUUUAUUCAUCCCGGAUUGUGUGAAUGCGUUCACACCUAUCCCGAGUGGGUAUAGUUACGUGGUUAAGUAAUCCCUUCCUAUGCGAGGUUGUAUGAGAGAACAUAAGGAAAGGCUUGAUACAUCCAUGUCUAGCUCAUGUCGAUCUUCGUGUCAUUUUUCUUUCAUUAGCUCAGUAGGAUAGUCCACGUUGCUAGGAUGUGUGGGUCUAGUCUGGUCGUGACCCUCGAUCAAACCAUCCUAGCAAUGCCCUCUUCUCAAACAGGCGUUCGAUGUACGGAUCAUCGCCGCUUGUCUUUGGGGGUGGGAUUUGGAAUGGAAUUUCAAAUUCGAAUUGGAAGGUUUGACAGCCAAGGAGCGGCAAAUAAGUAAAUCUCUUCGACAUAGCAGAAGAGAAAAGGAAUAAUAAUCUCUUUCUUAAAAAGUCAAUAGAAGUAAAAUGCGAAGCAUGAAACUAAUUAAAAAGUUGGGAAUGGCUACAUCGGAAAAAGCGUGAAACAAUGUCAAGUCUCGGGUUUGAUCGAGUGAUGACGAGAGAUAGAAUGAUACAAAGCCUAAAGGGGAGAGCACUUAGCCGAGCAUUUAGUAGUCGUUCGGCUGGGGAAGAUUUUCUGUUUAAAUGUAUGCUUAAAUCUCUAGCGAAAGCUCAAAAAGAUAGAAAAAGAUGGCUAAGUAGCGAAAUUCUCAAAUAUAUGGGUUUACUGCCCGCAGAUUGUAGUUUCCAUUAUGUGAUUAAUUUCGUGAAUGAAGACAAUGAUUGCAUUGGAUUAGGCUCCGGUGAAUCAAGUGGCAGCAGUUCCCUGCCUACAACCUGGUGGGAGGUUUGGGAGCUGUUUUCACAGACAAAAUGUCCAAAGGCUCCACCAUUGGUUGAUUCUGCAUGUCCAAAUCCAAUGCAACAAAGCCUAUUGAAUUGCAUAAAAUUCCUCCAGCGUCCGAAGAUUUAUUGUGAUAUAUUUGCAGAAGGAUUUGGAAAUCGAGUUCGAAUUAUCAUGAAAUUUACGGAAGGUGUCGGAUGUCAAUUUUGGUGGGCGAUGCGGCCUCUAAAGGAUGACACUAGAGAAACUACUUUUCAUGUGAUUUCGAACUAUAAACUUUUUGUCAGCGCGGAUGUCUGGUAGAUGCAGAUUUCACGUUCUCACAAUUUGAUCAUAGUGAGAUCCUUUCAAGUCUCAAUAAAAUUCUUAUUAAGAAUCCUCUAUUAACAAAAACACUAGACAUUGAGGAGUCAUUGGUGACAGAUCAACCAUGGCCUGACUCAAUGUUGGACAUUGCAAAAUUUGCAAUUUGUUUUGCUAAUAUUCUGAUGACCGGGGCCGCCAAGCCUCAAGGACUUUUCCAUUUCCCCGAGGGGGAAUCCUAAAUGAAAUGAGAAAUUCCAAAAUAAAUAAAUGUGAAGUAGUUACAGAUGUGAAAAAAGUCAAUAUCUCUCUGUCUGUGUAGGUUCGGUUUGUUCUUAUCGAUCCAUUUCUUCGAGUGUGGGUGUCCUACGCUACUUCCGUUCAUGUUUACGUUCUCAAAAGAAAAGAAGGCUUUCCUUGGAAAAACCAAGGACAACCCCUAUCUCAGUCUCCUUUCUCUUUUCGGGAGCAGAGCUUCAAAAGAUGUAGUUACCCUAUGAUGAGAUUGAGUUCAACGGAUAUGAAGGAUAGAAAUAUGCUAUUUGCUGCUAUUCCAUCUAUUUGUGCAUCAAGUCCGAAGAAGAUCUCAAUCUAUAAUGAAGAAAUGAUAGUAGCUCGUUGUUUUAUAGGCUUUCUCAUAUUCAGUCGGAAGAGUUUAGGUAAGACUUUCAAAGAAACUCUCGACGGGAGAAUCGAGUCUAUUCAGGAAGAAUUGCAGCAAUUCUUCAAUCCUAACGAAGUCAUUCCGGAGGAAUCCAAUGAACAACAACGAUUACUUAGGAUCAGCUUGCGAAUUUGCAGCACCGUAGUAGAAUCAUUACCAACGGCACGCUGUGCGCCUAAGUGCGAAAAGACAGUGCAAGCUUUGUUAUGCCGAAACCUAAAUGUAAAGUCAGCAACACUUCUAAAUGCCACUUCUUCCCGUCGCAUCCGUCUUCAGGACGAUAUAGUCACAGGUUUUCACUUUUCAGUGAGUGAAAGAUUUGUAUCCGGGUCUACGUUCAAAGCUUCUACCGUAGAAAAAAUUCGAGAGGCCUUCGUACCCAUAGACCUAAUUCGAGAAGGCUUGAUAGUCCUAAGAAAGGUGAGGGUGGGGGGUGAUAUUAUGGCUGAAUAAGGAAGAGGAAUAGAAUCUCAUUCAUGUGUUCAUGCUAACAGAAGAGCGGAUCCAAUACACAUAAGG